AUGGGUAUCGUAGCCAACGUUUUGGUUUUGGCACUAGGUCUCCUUGUUGCCGCUGCCAACGAAGCAGUGUCUCCCAAUUAUGUGUGCACGGACAGCUUUUCCCCCGUUACCUACCCGGAGGUAGGAACCUUCACAGCUGACCUACCGUGUCAUCGUAGGGGAUUCCCACCACAGCAUCCUAACAAAAUGGGUACCACGUUUCGCCUGUACACCCGCAAGAACCCGUCAUCACCGACGGUGAUAUCGACGUCAUCGUUGGGGUAUCCCUUCUCUGCCUCCAAUCCCACCAAGUUCAUUAUUCACGGCUUCACUAGCAAUGGGGAGACGAGCUGGUUGCUGAAAAUGAAAGAUGAACUUCUUAUAAAGUGUCAACAAACCAUGGGCGUUUAUUCAUUUCAGGGUGACUUCAACGUUAUUGGCGUAGAUUGGAAGAAGGGAGCUAGUCCUGGUCUUCUUCCCGAUUACUGCCAGGCACGGCAGAACACUCGCGUGGUGGCCCGCCAAAUCCGCAAUCUCAUCAAGAAGAUGCAGUCCUCGUUUUGGGCCUUUGACCUCGAUGACGUGCACAUUAUCGGACACAGUCUGGGAGGUCAGACGGCCGGGUAUGUUGGCGAAGAGUUUGGUGGUAAAAUCGGACGCAUCUCUGGUAUAGAUCCCGCAGAACCUGACUUCCAAGGCGAUCAGACAGGCUGCCGGCUUGACCCAAAAGAUGCCAAAUUCGUUGACGCCAACCACUGCUCAAUGUUAGGCAUAUUCCAGCCGGUGGGUCAUGUAGACAUCUAUCCAAACUAUGGCACCCACAUGCCCGGAUGUGUCAGCUGGCCAGACCUGCUGGAGGGUCAGUGCGGCCAUGGCAAGGCCAUUGAUUACUUUAUAGACAGCAUCAACAAUAACUGCGGCGCCUCGGCUUACCCCUGCACCUGGCAGACUGGUCAAGGACAGGGCUGCAAAUACAGUGGUCAGAGUGGCGUCAGUGGUGUCAAAUUUGGCUACCAAGCCAACCAGACACCGUCGAGAGAAUGGUCGCUGACAAUAGCCGAGCUGAAGGCGGGGGACAUCAGCAACGACUAUAAUCCCGAGCUGGUUAUUUAA